AUGGAGGCUGUAGCCGUGUUUUCUUGAGCAAAAGAACGAGACGAGCUCAGCUUCCAGAAAGGAGAGAUACUGAAGGUGACGGAGAUGGAUGAGGAUCCUAAUUGGAUGAUGGCAGAACUCCACGGGAGGCGAGGCUACGUCCCUGAGAACUACAUUAGUCUGUUACCACACCCGUGGUUUGCGGGACGUGUGUCCAGGCAGCAGGCUGAGCAGCGGUUGCGUUGGGAGGAGAGAGGAGUGUUCCUGGUUAGAGAGUCAGAGAGUUCACCAGGAGAGUUCUCUGUUUCUGUCAGGUAA